AUCGUACUUUUGCUCUUCUACUCUGUAAGCAAUAACACAUCAGUUCUCUACUCUUCACUCAAAUGGCAAAGGUACCACCAGAAGAAGAACACCCUGUGAAGGCUUUUGGGUGGGCCGCUAGAGACCAAUCUGGCCAUCUCGCUCCUUUCAACUUCUCUAGAAGGGAAACAGGGGAUGAGGAUGUGAGGUUUAAGGUGCUGUAUUGUGGAAUAUGUCACUCCGAUCUUCACAGCAUCAAGAAUGAAUGGGGCUUCUCAUUCUACCCUCUUGUUCCAGGGCACGAACUUGUUGGGGAAGUGACAGAAGUAGGGAGCAAGGUGAAUAAAGUUAAAGUUGGAGACAAAGUGGGCGUAGGAUGCAUGGUUGGUGCAUGUCACUCCUGCGAGAGCUGCAAAAAUGACCUUGAAAAUUACUGUCCCAAAAUGAUAUUCACUUACAAUUCCAUUUACCAUGAUGGAACAUUCAACUAUGGAGGCUAUUCAGACACAAUGGUAGCUAAUGAGCGCUACAUAGUUCAUUUCCCAGAAAAUAUGCCACUUGAUGCUGGUUCUCCACUACUCUGUGCUGGGAUCACAGUGUAUAGUCCCCUGAAACACUUUGGUCUAGCCCAACCUGGUAAGCAUAUUGGGGUUGUGGGCUUAGGUGGGCUUGGUCAUGUAGCUAUCAAAUUUGCUAAGGCUUUUGGGGCAAAAGUGACUGUAAUUAGUACCUCACCUAGCAAAAAGGAUGAAGCUUUGGAACAUCUUGGUGCUGAUUCUUUUUUGGUUAGCCGUGAUCCAGACCAAAUUCAGGCUGCCAUGAAUACAAUGGAUGGUAUCAUUGAUACUGUUUCUGCAGUGCACCCCAUUUUACCAUUGCUUGGUCUAUUGAAGUCCUAUGGAACGCUUGUCAUGGUGGGUGUACCGGACAAGCCACUUGAGCUACCUGUGUUUCCGUUGAUUUCGGGAAGGAAGAUGGUUGCCGGGAGUGGUUUUGGAGGAAUGAAAGAGACGCAAGAGAUGAUUGACUUUGCAGCAAAACACGGCAUCACGGCAGACAUUGAGGUUGUUCCAAUGGAUUAUGUGAACACCGCAAUGGAGCGUCUUGCUAAGAAUGAUGUUAGAUACCGGUUUGUUAUUGACAUUGGAAACACCUUGGCUGCUACCAAGCCUUGUGGAAUAUGUCACUCCGAUCUUCACAGCAUCAAGAAUGAUUGGGGCUUCUCAUUCUACCCUCUUGUUCCUGAGCACGAAAUUGUUGGGGAAGUGACAGAAGUAGGGAGCAAGCUGAAUAAAGUUAAAGUUGGAGACAAAGUGGGCGUAGGAUGCAUGGUUGGUGCAUGUCACUCCUGCGAGAGCUGCAAAAAUGACCAUGAAAAUUACUGUCCCAAAGUGAUACUCACUUACAAUUCCAUUUAUCAUGAUGGAACAUUCAACUAUGGAGGCUAUUCAGACGCAAUGGUAGCUAAUGAGCGCUACAUAGUUCAUUUCCCAGAAAAUAUGCCACUUGAUUCUGGUGCUCCACUACUCUGUGCUGGGAUCACAGUGUAUAGUCCCUUGAAAUAUUUUGGUUUAGCCAAACCUGGUAAGCAUAUUGGGGUUGUGGGCUUAGGUGGGCUUGGUCAUGUAGCUGUCAAAUUUGCUAAGGCUUUUGGGGCAAAAUUGACUGUAAUUAGUACCUCACCUAGCAAGAAGGAUGAAGCUUUGGAACAUCUUGGUGCUGAUUCUUUUUUGGUUAGCCGUGAUCCAGACCAAAUUCAGGCUGCCAUGAACACAAUGGAUGGUAUUAUUGAUACUGUUUCUGCAGUGCACCCCAUUUUACCAUUGCUUGGUCUAUUGAAGUCCCAUGGAACGCUUGUCAUGGUGGGUGUACCGGACAAGCCACUUGAGCUACCUGUGUUUCCGUUGCUUUCGGGAAGGAAGAUGGUUGCCGGGAGUGGCAUUGGAGGAAUGAAAGAGACGCAAGAGAUGAUUGACUUUGCAGCAAAACAUGGCAUCACGGCAGACAUUGAGGUUGUUUCAAUGGAUUAUGUGAACACCGCAAUGGAGCGUCUUGCUAAGAAUGAUGUUAGAUACAAGUUUGUCAUUGACAUUGGAAACACCUUGGCUGCUACCAAGCCUUGAAGAAAUAGCUUUGUGUCUUAAUUAAUUUUCUUUUAUUGUUCCAAUGUUCCAUGGUUUUUUUGGUUGGAUGAGGUGGUAUUGAAUUUAUUAUGUUUUGCUGGUGUCUCUACCAUAAGCCUGUCCUUCAAACUUUCAUAUAAUGUGUAAUAAAU